GAAUUUGAAGCUUAGCAGAACACUUUAAAAGUCUGACUGUCAGAAUCACGAGUUUCUGUGGUACUCAGAGUGUGCAGAAAAUCAUCAUCAUGUAUCGUUCUGCGGUUUCUCGUUAUACCGUCAAAGUCGACGGUGAAAGCGAAGAUAAUAUUAAGGCUACAAGAAAUCCAUCCACAGAGGCAUCCGGAGACUGUCGCCAAGGGGAAAAAUGUUCUAGGAUGCGUGUCAAAAUGGAUCUCUCUUAGUUCUAAUAUUAGUCUACAACUACAACCUGGCGCUGGUGCUGCUGGGGAAGAUGCUCCUCCUUUUGAUGUUGACGCUGCAAAUGAAGUCUUGCGGUUGUUUUUAUCUCGGUAUCCUAAAAUCCUCACGCAAGGCGGUGACGAUCCUGAUUACGAAGCCGCAAAGAUUAAGGCUAGUGGUCAAUGAGUCAUGCUCGACUAGGCUAGAUGGAAGUCAAGCAUUAAUUCUGACACUGUGAUGUGGACUAUAAUUUUAAUACUGACUACUUUGAAACGUCCUAGGUAAAUCUCAUCAUACUGAGUGGGUUGCUUUUCUAGUCCUAAGGUCGUCAUCAACUUAAUGUACAACUAGCCACAGAAUGGAAAUUCACUCAGCGCAACUGCUGGGAAUAAUGAUUGACUACCUCAACCUCUAACAAGCAAAGUAAGAAAAAAACAGGUUCAUCUACUUCUUUCAAUCCGGAGGAUCACAAGAAACCGCAUUUGGCGCCUUAUUAUCCUUUGACGAGUUGUAACACGACAUACGAGGAUGCUGGGACGUGCAAUGGCUUGCUUAUGCAGGUUGAAAUGCACGCUCAGGUUGCAACAUUAAGGCUUCAAGAAAUCCAUCUUCGGUAGAGAUGCACGCUCAGGGUCAGGUUGCAAUAUUUAUUAUGGGUUCAAGAAAUUCGAAUAACAUCUGAGGUGGGUCCUUUACCGUUUCUGAAGGGCACGACCAUGAUGCUAUUUCUUGGAGGGGGAAAUAACGGGCACCUAGUUACUAGGUACAUGAACCACGACGCUUCACAAGAAUCCAUGGCGCACCUCCACGUUCUAGCUAUUGCACAAGAAAUAUAUUUGUCCUUAAACGUCUAACCCCGGUGUUGGCAGCCUUCGUCUUUGCUGCUUUAAUCGCUGAAUCGCCCUCACAGUUGUUCGAAGGAUCUCCGACGCCGCAGCAGAAAAGUGAACUGUUCUUAUGGGAGUUGGACUGUGAUGUCCUGCACGACGUAGCACUAUUACAACUAACACGAUUCAGUAACAGUACGUGAAAAUGUUGCUCUUUUUUUACAACUAUGUAUAACAGAGUAGUUUAUAGCACGCAUGGUGCAUGGAGUAGCAUGGAGUGCAUGGAGCGCAGAGCUUUAAGGGGCGCAAGAAGCUCCCCCUUUAGCUCCAUGCUACUCCAUGUGAUCCAUGCACUCCAUGCCAUGCGAGCCGUGAAACCUUAUCAAUUGCUCUGGUAUAAGUAGUGUCUUUUUUACAACUAUAUAAGUACUCCUUAAAACACUAAGAAGUACCUAAUGUUAACUUAUACAACUGUACGAAGUACUAGGUACAACUAACUCAUAGUAAGUAGACUCAUCGAGAUUGAGCGUUCUCUUCUUCAUGGUUAUUCUUGAAGAUUAGCAGAACCUUCCUCUAACCUUUCGAGUGAGCGAAAUGACGAUGAAUAUACUUGACCAGAUACGUGUCUUUUUCCUAGCGUCGAUACUCUUGUCGCUAGUUGUUUUACUGCUUUGCAUGCUCUGUUUACAGGAGUAUUUGACAACGCGUGCCGGAAAAAAAUAUUUCCGAGUGUGGUCUCCGACGUUGAAUAAUCAUUAAGGCUCCUUGUGCUACUUUUUUAUGAAGGCGAUGUGUCAUCGCAAUGAAUAUUACGUGAAAGGAAGGUUCUACUUGUGAUCGAGGAUGUGCUGUCGCAAGAGGACAUAGGGAUUGUUGUACGUAGUUUCUAGUUCUUUAGUACCGCUUCAUUCUUCCUGUAUCGACAACUGCAUACACUUUUCACGUGUCAUUCCCAUGUCCCCUCGCACUAGACAAUAUCUCACGAACAGGUAAAUGAAUGAGUGAAUGAUCAUGCUGAAUACCGUACCCCACACUGCACUUGAUAGCCCCUCGUCUAACCCCAAUGCAUCUGGAUGGUGAACACUUUGAUGGCCUUCCUGCUCACCGUUCCCCUUUACUUAAGGCCAGUUUUUCACUAUCCCACGUUGUAUGUUGAAGUACAACGGAUCGAUGUAUUUAUACUGCUAGAAGAAAUAUCUAAAAUUUUUUUUGAAAAAGUACUGCUCUAAUCUAAGUCUUGAAGUACUUCGGGUUUUCAGUGAUUUUCUUUCUGAUCGCUCCUAUGCCGCUUUACUGGAUCAAGCAGCUGUUCACGAUUCUCACAGCCUACACAGACCUAGCGAUUUUGUUAAACCACAUUGAGCUGGGGGUGAAAGUGGAUUUGCAGAUUAUGGAUAUUUGGCUCUUCAUCUACUUGCUGUUUCUUGAUAAUGACGGAUAAUAUUGGACUACUUCAUCUAGGGGUACAUUACGUAACCCUUUUUUUGAUUUUCAUGUCAUCUUCGUGGCACCUAGACGAUGUACCCCUGGCACUUCCAAAAGGGGUAGCAUCAACUUGCUAGAAGAAAUACCUCGAACAACUAAGUACUCAUUCCUUAGACUGAUUUCCUCCGUAUUAAUAAGAGAAGAUCCCAAUAUAAUUAAAAGCCUGAAGGUGUAGAAGUAAGUACUCGUCAUUAAUUCUGGCUCUCUUCUAACACAGACCCAACUGCACAGCCAGACGGAUGGUCGCAGUCAUUGAUGACGAGACACGUUUUCUCGAAAGCCUUUCAAGACAAACGGAAAGAGCAGCAACGAGACAAAGAAUGCUAUGGCCAGCUUUUAGUUUUAUUCAUCUUUCUCAGCUUAUGAACAGAAAGAGUGAUUGUUCCUGGUACGUACACUCAAGUGCUCAAUCCAUAUGUAAUCAGCCUCUCUUCGGUACCCUUAUUUGCCCAUGAAAUUUUGCUCCCAUAGAAGAAUACACGGGAAAAGGCGCUAUCGAGAUGAGAGGACCAAGACAGAUGAAUCAAGGCUGACUCUAAGCAUGGUGGCAGAAGCAUGGCUUUCGUGAAGACGCCUGCGAUAGAGAUGGAGUGUGCCGUUUUCGAGGUGGGGACUAAGUAGAAGAUCAUGCAACGGGACCUGGCUGUAGCACUUGAUGUAGUUCUUUGUGGCGCUGAUGUUCGCGGUCUUGUUUCUACGUACUUACAUUACCUAUAGUUAAAUUCAGUCAUUCAUGUUUUUAUGUUAGCCAUCGCCAUGUAUGCCUAUGCAUCUGGAAGCAGCAUUUCAAACUCGUCUGGGAAAUCUUAGGCAGCUCGCCGAAUAGAUUCAAUUCGUCAAAUCUUAGCUACAAG